AUGUCGAAGCAACUCCAGGGCGUUGUUGAGUCGUCUGCUUAUCCGACUUCACUGCAGCAGCCAGUGAAGAAGGAUUGGCGUCGGUUCAUUUGGGACAGCUUUGACAAAUCACCCGAAGAACGGCAUUUUCUUCUCAAAAUUGAUGUCGCAUUGCUUAGUUUUGGAUGUUUGGGCUUCUUUGUCAAGUUUCUCGAUGCCGCCAAUCUCAACAAUGCAUUUGUAUCUGGGAUGAAAGAAGACCUGGGCAUGUUUGGCAAUCAAUUGAAUUAUGUGACGACUUGCUAUACUGUUGGGUAUAUUGUGGGAGAGAUACCAAGUAAUAUCAUUUUGACCCGUGUCCGACCAUCAAUAUGGCUUCCUGUUUUAGAAAUAAUUUGGUCAGUCUUGACAAUGUGUCUUGCGGCUUGCAAAAAUACCACUCAACUCUACGUGCUUCGAUUCUUUAUCGGUCUCACUGAAGCUGGAUUCUAUCCAGGACUCAACUACAUGAUUGGCUCCUGGUAUCGAAAAGACGAGAUUGCAAAGCGAUCAGGUAUCCUUAACGCAAGCGGUAGUAUCGCAACAAUCUUCUCAGGUGCCCUGAUGUCCUCUGUCGUUCAUCUUGGUGGGCGAGGUGGCCUUGCAGGUUGGAAGUGGUUAUUUAUCGUAGAUGGAGUAAUAUCUCUUCCUAUUGCCUUCGCUAGCUUCUUCUUCCUCCCAGAUCUCCCUGAAACAAAUCGUGGAUGGUUCUUCAAGCCAGAGGAAAUUCAACUGGCGCAGAGACGAAUGGUGGCAGAGGGACGAAAGCUGCGGACACCUUACACCGUCUCCAAGGUGAAAAAGAUCUUGACAUCAUGGCACAUAUGGCUGUUCAGUAUCUUAUACGCGACGCUUGGUGGAACGCAAGGCACUCCCAUCUUUCCUCUGUACCUGAAGACUGCCAAAAAGCAUGGGAAGCCCAGAUACAACCUCGCCCAGAUCAACAAUUAUCCUUCAUUCACCUUCACCACCUCUGUCGUUGCCGCCGUCGCGUAUGCAUGGAUUUCCGAUGCUUUGGGUGGUCGAAGAUGGCCUUUGAUGGUCUUUGGAGGGACUGUCCAAAUCGUUCUUUUCAGCUCAUUGGCGGCAUGGAAUAUCGCCGAGGGUUGGAAGUGGGCUUGUUACAUUCUAUACGGCCAGGUUCUAGGUCUUUCCGGCAUCACCAAUGCCUGGGCGAACGAGGUUUGCCGUGAUGAUAACGAGGAGCGUGCUAUUGUCCUGGCAUGCAUGAAUAUGAUGAACAAUGUUCUUUCAGCAUGGCUCCCACUUAUUGUUUGGCAGCAAAUCGACGCUCCAAGAUAUCACAAAGGAUUCAUCACUGCAGUUUCUACCUCGGCUUUAUUUGUCAUUGUCUCAGGGUUGGUUGCGGUCUUGCAGAAAAGAGAAAAUCGAAAGUGA